CAGACAUAGUACAACUACAGUGCCGCGUAUCUGUCCAGUAGUGUGUAGCAACACCGCGCGAGGGCUUCAAGGGCAAGUGCACCAAUUCUUAUACACAGGAGUAUUGCAUAGAAAAACAUAUCGUUGGAUUUAUGAACGACUGGGUAAAAUAAACGGGUGCAGCCUGGAACUUUAGGUGUAUGUGGGAAUCACAAUAUUUCUUUCUUGCUGUGAGCAAAAACAACAUUCUCAGUUUACAUGGACUCCAUUGGGUCCCUCUAGCCUGAGGAAUAAGAAUUUACUGUUCAUCAAAACAGGAGUUGUUUAUAAAUUUGAAUAAAAGGGAAACUCUAGGGAAUGGUGGAUAAUUUCCUGUCAACUAAAGAGAACUUCCUUUUCUACAGUGGCAUUAACUCUGCCUUACCUGUGGUGUUCCACCUAUCGGAUAUGGUAUCAGACUCAACGAGCUAUAAGGUGAUGCCUUCACCAUUCUCAGAAGACGACCUCAGUGAUGCCUCGAGUCUGCGUUCAUGUUCCUCCCCAGAUUCCCAAGUCCUUAGCUCAAGCUAUGGAAGUACAUCAAGCAAUGAGAGCCAGGAUAACAUCCUCAACUUCCUGUUAUCCCAUACUUCCCUUGGUGGUGGAGGUGGCAACAGUGCUGAGAUUAGCACUGUAACCUCAACUCCUUUGGCAGGCAUCUUUUGGAACUCACAAAGGGACAGCAUGAAGGAAGAGAACUUGGAUUUACAAAUUUGGUCUGCAUCAAACAUGGAAGAGGCACAUUCUGAACCUUUCCAGCCAACUCUAGAGGAAAUUGAAGAGUUCCUAGAAGAAAACAUGAAUGGUUUGGUGUCUCUCAAGCAUGAGGGGAACUCACACCUUGGAGUGGAGCUGGAGCUGGACCUAGGAUUGGGUACAGGAGUGGUUGUCAUGGAAGAGACCAAGAGCUCAUCUAGGGUGCCAGAGACAAACCCCAUUGGAUCACAGAAUCAUUCUAAUCCAACUUUGUCAAUGGCUAAGCUUCCAUCAAACUUCAGAGUUGAGUAUGAGACCAAAAGCAGAGAGAGUAUUCCAAGUAAUCAUGACCCAACUAUGCAGACAGACGAUGCAAUAAAGAAAGAGACCCAAAGUAGACCUGUCUCCACCGAGAACAGCAGUACCUCCAGUGACAGCAGUGGUAAUAGUGGGGUGCCUGUUAUUCUUCAAAUCCAACCAAUUCAGAUCAAACAGGAGAAUCAGGGGAGCAGUGAAGCUGCAACUCCUUCAACAACUCAGCCCCCCACCCCAGGCACAGACAUCAAAAUUGCCCAACUGCUGGUGAACAUCCAGGGACAGACCUUUGCAAUAGUUCCACAGUUUGUACCCUCUGCUUCCAAUUCAUCUACAUCUACCAGGUCCAAUGGUCAAUCUAAAUUUGUGCGGAUAGCCCCUGUACCCAUCGCAGCAAAACCUGUAGGGGAUGGAGGGGAUGGUCUUGGAUUGGGUGGGUUCCAAGGUGGUCUCCUAGUUGGGGGAGCACAGAAAUUCCAGAAGAAUCCAGUAGCAGAUCUCAUCAAAAUGCACAAGUGCAACUUUCCAGGCUGUGCCAAGAUGUACACCAAGAGUAGCCAUCUUAAAGCUCACCUGAGGAGACAUACUGGAGAGAAGCCAUUUGCCUGUAACUGGCCUGGCUGUGUAUGGAAGUUUUCCCGCUCAGAUGAGCUGUCCCGUCACCGGCGGUCCCACUCUGGGGUGAAGCCAUAUCAGUGUCCUGUGUGUGAGAAGAAGUUUGCCCGCAGUGAUCACCUGUCAAAGCACAUCAAAGUCCACCGCUUUCCCAGGAACAGCCGGACAGUCCGUACUGCUGCCUGAUCCCACCCCAGUUGAACUCACUGAACCACAAAACAUUUGACGUAUGAAUAAGUGAGAGGAAAAAAAUGGACUCAUAAGAAGGAUCAUGUCUGAGCCUUGCUGCUUUGCCAUCAUAUUUAUACUGUUUUAAAUUAAAUCUCAGUGGCAGAGCAUAAAAUGUAAAAUGUAUUGUCAUCUUCGGUGCUACAUUCUGUAUGGAUUACUAAGAAGAGAAGACUGGCAUUAAUAUAGACUGUGCUAAUGGGGAUCAGUCAAUGUGAAUAAGCUACGGGGACAAGUUCAGAAACCACACCAUUUUUAUGUGAAUGCGGAACGACAAUAGAAAUGCAAAGAAGAAGCACAGUGCCAAUUGUACAUGUUUAAUAUGUACACCUUCAAUCAGUGUUGACUAUCUCAUUUUUGCAUUUAAGGCAAGCUGGUUUUGUAAAAAGGUGUUUGUAUUUUUAUUAUUGUCGCCUUGUAAUGGCUCUGCUGUGUUUUUUUUGCCUUAGUCACCCACAAAGCUCUUAUCUCAGGUCUGACUUGGGUGCUGGGGAAACUGGAAAACCAGUCUCAGCAUUUCAAAACAACUGAUGAGGUUCAAGGGAAUGUGACAGAAUCCAACAACUUAGAGUAAUAAAUGAGAGUGUUAAUCAUUUUACUCUUAGUUAGCACUAAGCAGCAAUGAUACUAAAUGAGACUGGCUUUUGGAGUUUUUGGAACCAAGUGUCUUCUCUUUCUGUUUCAUUCUUUGAUUUCCUGUAACACAGAAUAUGCCUCCAAACUCCAACGAGUUAGUGGAUUACCUACAGAUCAUUGCGUUACUAAAGCUGGUGCUACACCUGUCUACCACAAUUCCCUCUCCACCCUUAAAACACAACCAUAAUCACAAACAAAACACUGUUGCUGUUACUUUUAGUGAACCGAAAGCGGUAAACGUAAAAUGGUUUUGUUACAAUUUGAAGCUUACUUACUGUAACUUUUCAACGGUUACACAUCAGCAUUUUUGUUUGUGUUUGUUAAGAAGGUUGGGUAACAGUGUGGACUUUCCGGGGUGCUUGUGGCUGAAGUAGGCAAAACACAGUACUGUUGGUGCCAUGUUUUAGUGUUUAUUAUUACAUUUGGGCACUUCUGGAAGUGGGAAGGCUUACUUCCUUAUCUGUUUGUCUUUCUGAUCAAGGGGCCCACUGUACAUACAUAAUGGCAUUCCUUUCAUUCAUAGAAUGAAUUUUAUGAGUACUUGUUAACACACAGGUCUUUUUAGCCACAUCCUAUGAAUGUAUGUAAAUAAAUCUUGUAUGAUUUUAAGGGUGGGGAAACUGAGAGGCAAAUUAAACAAAGGGAAAUCGU